CUUUCUCUCUCUCUCUCUCUCUCUCUCUUUCUAUCUCCAUUGUUGUUUACUUCCUCCUUAAAACAACCAUUUCAUCACCCCAAGGAGAAAGCCCUCUCUUUGCCAUGGGAGUUGACAUGUCUAAUCCACCUUCUUCUCAUACCAAAGAUUUCUUUGCUUCUCCUGCUCUCUCUCUCAGUCUUGCGGGAAUAUUCAGGGGAGCGAAUAAUGCACCCUUGGCGGAAGGUCGAGCGAUGGAGGUGGAGGAAGGAGAUGAAGGAAGCGGAGGCGGAGGAGGAGAAGGAGAAAAAGAAAGAAGAGAAGAAACUGUUGAAAUUAGUAGCGAAAACUCGGGGUUAAUGAGAUCAAGAUCAGAUGAUGACUUUGAAGGCGAAGGAGAACAUGAUGAUGAAGAUGGUGGUGGUGAUGAUAAGAACAAGAAAAAGAAGAGAAAGAAAUAUCAUAGACAUACUGCUGAGCAAAUUAGAGAAAUGGAAGCGCUAUUUAAAGAAUCUCCACAUCCAGAUGAAAAACAACGACAACAAUUGAGCAAACAGCUAGGUCUUGCUCCUAGACAAGUCAAGUUUUGGUUCCAAAAUCGCAGAACUCAAAUUAAGGCAAUACAAGAGAGACAUGAGAACUCUUUAUUGAAGACAGAAAUGGAGAAACUCAGAGAGGAAAAUAAGGCAAUGAGGGAGACAAUUAAUAAGGCUUGUUGCCCUAAUUGUGGGAUGGCUACCACCAGCAGAGACACUGCCUUAACAACUGAGGAACAACAAUUACGUAUCGAAAAUGCGAAACUUAAAGUCGAGGUUGAAAAGCUUCGAACAGCAUUAGGAAAAUAUCCUCCAGGGGCAGCACCUUCAUGCUCGGCCGGAAGUGAGCAAGAAAAUAGAAGUUCGUUAGAUUUUUACACUGGAAUCUUUGGGCUUGAGAAGUCAAGAAUCAUGGAAAUUGUUAAUCAAGCAAUGGAAGAGCUUAGAAAAAUGGCUACUGCUGGAGAACCAUUAUGGAUUAGGAGUGUGGAGACCGGUCGCGAAAUUCUUAAUUAUGACGAGUACAUGAAAGAAUUUGGAGGUGAAAAUCAAAGUAAUGGGAGACCAAAAAGAUCCAUUGAAGCAUCUAGAGAGACUGGAGUAGUGUUCGUUGAUCUUCCAAGAUUAGUUCAGAGUUUCAUCGAUGUGAAUCAAUGGAAGGAAAUGUUCCCAUGCUUGAUCUCUAAGGCAGCCACAGUUGAUGUUAUCUCAAAUGGGGAAGGUCCAAAUAGAAAUGGGGCAGUGCAAUUGAUGUUUGCAGAGGUGCAGAUGCUGACUCCAAUGGUGGCUACCAGAGAAAUAUAUUUUGUUAGAUAUUGCAAGCAACUUAGUGCGGAGCAAUGGGCAAUUGUUGAUGUUUCUGUUGACAAAGUUGAAGACAAUAUUGAUGCGUCACUUGUCAAGUGCAGAAAAAGGCCUUCUGGCUGCAUAAUUGAGGACAAAUCAAAUGGCCAUUGCAAGGUGACCUGGGUAGAACACUUAGAAUGCCAGAAAAGCACAGUUCAUACAAUGUACCGUACCAUUGUCAAUAGUGGUCUAGCUUUUGGUGCAAGGCAUUGGAUGGCAACACUGCAGCUUCAAUGUGAAAGAAUUGUUUUCUUCAUGGCAACCAAUGUUCCUACAAAAGAUUCAACUGGGGUUGCAACUCUAGCUGGGAGGAAAAGUAUUCUGAAACUGGCACAAAGAAUGACAUGGAGCUUUUGUCGCGCAAUCGGAGCAUCAAGCUACCAUACAUGGAACAAAGUCACAAGCAAAACAGGAGAAGACAUUAGGGUUUCUUCCAGAAAGAAUUUAAAUGAUCCUGGUGAACCCUUGGGAGUGAUUUUAUGUGCUGUUUCUUCUGUAUGGUUGCCUGUCUCUCCUCAUGUCCUUUUCGAUUUCUUACGAGAUGAUGCACGCAGAAAUGAGUGGGAUAUAAUGUCAAAUGGAGGUACAGUACAAUCCAUUGCAAAUUUGGCGAAAGGGCAGGAUCGAGGCAACGCAGUAGCUAUACAAACAAUGAAAUCAAAAGAAAAUACAAUGUGGAUAUUACAAGAUAGCUGCACAAAUGCUUACGAAUCGAUGGUAGUGUAUGCAGCUGUGGAUAUAAGUGGAAUGCAAUCUGUGAUUACUGGAUGUGAUUCAAGCAAUAUAGCUGUAUUACCCUCAGGAUUUUCAAUUCUGCCUGAUGGACUCGAAUCAAGACCCCUAGUGAUCACUUCCAGGCAAGAAGAAAAGGGCACAGAAGGGGGAUCUUUGUUGACAAUGGCGUUCCAAAUCUUAACUAAUACAUCCCCCACAGCAAAACUAACUAUGGAAUCUGUGGAGUCUGUUAACACGCUUAUAUCCUGCACAUUGCGAAAUAUUAAGACAAGCUUGCAGUGUGAAGAUAGUUGAUCAGAUUUAGCUUUGAUAGUUAGAACGACACAAAUUAAUUGUAAAACUUAUAGGUUUCUAGGUGGGUUUUUCUUUUAAUCUUUAUUCCCUCCAAAUUUUAAUUCUCAUAGAGGGAUGGUUUUAUAUGGGAUUGCUUUUUUUUUUUUUUUUUUUUUUUUUUUUUUUUUUUUUUUUUUUUUUUUUUUUUUUUUUUUUUUUUUUUUUUUUUUUUUUUUUUUUUUUUUGUUUGUGGUUGAGUGGGGGGCUUUGGAGCCCAGUGCAUCUCUCUGGUUUGGUAUUCUAGAGUGUGAGGGGGGUGUGUUUUACAAAUUUUAUAGAUCUAGGAGAGUGAAAUAUCUUCAUGUAUAUAACUAAUAUUUAUCAGAUGCCAUUUUGUGGGUGUUUCAAUUGCCA